AUGCAGCCACCCAAAAAGCAAACCAAGACGAAGGGGCAGUCCUCGAAGAGUAGAUUAUCUUCCUACAUCGAAGAGCUACCUGUCGAAAUCUUGAGCCACAUUUUCAGGCUCACCCACCAGACAACUCUUCUCGAGGAUACAGCCAGACGAUUAGCAUCUCCAGGCGCGGUGUACCGCAGAAUAGGCAAAAACGACCGUGGACCCCAGUCUCCCGGAGUUGCAGACCUUUCUUUUCCCCUCUACACGAUCGCGGCCGUCUGCAGACAAUGGCGUGAUAUCGUAUCUUCCUUGCCAGAGUUUGCGACCAGAGUCGUUCUCCCGAUUGACAGGACGGAUCCUACCGCCAAACUUGACAAGAUUAUGGAAGGCCUUGAACGAGCCAAUAGCCUUCCGCUCGACAUUCUCGUGUUUCCAAAGGAUACCGGGGCUCGUCGCAAGAACGAUGUGGACAUUGAAGGAACCCACACUAUUCAAAUCAUGGAGUGUCUUGCCCCUAUCGUUCCCCAGUGCAGGUCUUUCGUGUUCAAAGUGAAGUAUAGCAGCUCCUUACCACUUAUUUCCCAACAAUUCCGCGGCCGCGCUCCCCACCUUCGAGUCCUCAAACUUGUCUGUGAAGAGGACACCGAUGAGGAUCUGCCAUGCGUGCUGCCCGACGACAUACCCAAGGACGAGGAGUUCGUUUUCCCCCUUCUCACCACUAUCCACCUUGACGGGUAUACCUUCAUGGAUGCGUGUAACCUGCCCUCGUGGAAAGCGCAGCUCGCGAAGAUGUCCAUCGACACCCUGACGCUCUCCAACUUCACUGCCCCGAUGCAGGAUGAAGAAUUCGACCUCGCCGAAUUUUCCAGUGCGCUGGCGGAUAUCGGGCAUAUCAGACAUCUUACCUUGUCCGACUAUAGGGUCGGUUUCACCGAGGGCGAUUCGAACGAAGGGUACAAUCCUCUCAACGUCGACAGUCUGACCGUCGAGAAUUUAGAGGACAUCCAGUUCAUGACGGAGUUCCUGACAGGGGUCUACGCGGCCAAAUUCUGCUUCUACCACCUCGUGAACACGAACCUCAGCUGGGAGUCGAUUCCGCCGGUGCACCAUCUCCGGCUUGAAAGGAUCCCCGAGCUCGAUUAUGGCUUCAACCACGCUUUUCAACGGUUCUUUGGGAGCCGCCUCGACGUCGUUGAUUGCGAACAUUUCUCGGACUCCCAUCUCGACACUAUUGCGAACUUCUGCGAACCGCUUCGUCGGUUGUAUCUUAUCGACUGCCCAGGGAUCACGGCGAAAGGACUGAAGGCGAUGAUUACCUCGCGGAACAAGCUCGUUUCGAAAACCGCAUCCCUCGGAUCCGAUGAUGAUGAGGAAGACGGCGACGGCGAAGAAGAAGAGGGCAUCGAUAGCGACGCAGAGACUAUUGUGAGAUGUACGGUAUCGGACGACGAGGGGCUCGAGAAUCUGUUUGAAGGGCCAGAGAAGCCACCGCGCGGUGUUGCCUUCAGGCCCAUUCACCGCAUUCAUGUACAAGGGCACCCGAAAAAGCUGUCGAAGGCUGACCGAGACUGGUUCAUGAAGAUCAUCAGGUCUUUCCGUUGGGACUGA